AUGAUUCACUGGACUCGGCAGAUUAAGGAAGUGUUGAGUAGUCAGGAUACAUAUGAAACUGCUGAAACAUCUGGACCUUUGGAAGAAAUCCAAUUUUGGAACAGUAGAUGUAUGGAUCUGUCGGGAAUCAGUGAUCAACUUGAUAAACCUGGCGUAAAACAUAUUCAGAAGAUAUUAGAGAUGGCUAAAUCUUCGUAUGUUGCUCCAUUCAAGAAACUUUCGAAACUUAUUCAGGUAUCAUAUUUAUCCAAGAGGAUUGCGUGUUUACGCGGGCUCGUAUUCGUGCUGAUUAAUUUUUAAUCGGCACACCUUUGCGAUAAAUGUUUAAUCGGCACAGCUUUAACCAAUCAGAAUGGAGUAAAUUGACUAAAAUGAUAUUAUGUACAUGAUCUCACCCUGCCUCGUCCCUCACGCUUUAAACUUAUGCGUCUUCUUUUCUGUUCAGGAUGGAUCUGCUCAAGCUCAAAGCAAUCUGAAAUUUCUGUCCACACUAAAAGAACCUUGUGAAGAACUUGCCGAAGCGAAACCUAAAGACAUUCCUGCCAUGCUACCAAAACUCCUCAGCCUCAUUCGCAUGAUUUGGAUGAAUUCGGAACAUUAUAAAAGUCGAGAAAGAUUGACAAGCCUUCUGAGAAAGGUAAAAUUUAGUAAUACUUACUAGCUGGCUAUCUACUUAUACCUACCUACGUACUUACCUACCUACCCACCUACCUACCUACCUACCUACCUACCUACCUGUCUACCUACCUACCUACCUACCUACCUACCUACCUACCUACCUACCUACCUACCUACCUACCUACCUACCUACCUACCUACCUGCCUACUAACUUAACCUAACCUGACCUAACCUACCCAUUUAUUGGAGGGUACUGUGCAAUUCGUUUGUAACAGCAACAGUAUAUUAGUUUUCUUGGUAUUGUUUCAACUCAUAUCUUCUGUAAUUGACUAUUGCAGGUUAGCAACGAGAUAAUCAGGCGUUGUACAAGUACAAUUUGUCUGGAUGAUAUAUUUGAAGGACGUAUACAGACCAGCCUUCGUGCGUUACAAGAAAGUAUAGCUUGCUGUGAAUCAUGGAAGGAAACGUAUGCAAUGGUGAGUGCUUGUAGGUCUGUUAGUAUAUGUGGUACAUUUUGAAACUAAAUUGAACUAACUUUGUUUGUGCUGCAUUGCUCCUCGCAUUGCUCUAUAAGUUCUAUAUAAUACAAUAACUUUAAAAAGAUUUAUUCGACGUUUCGACUAGAUUUGAGAUUUAUCACUAAAAUCUAGUCGAACGUCGAAUAAACACUUUUCAAAAUGUUUACCGUUUUUAGAGUUACUUUUGUCAGUAUUGUAUUAAAUUAAAAUUCUCAGUAGUUGUCCCAAUCUUGUACCCAGGGUCUUUCCUCUUGGGGAGAAAAGACCCUGGUAGGCGCUGGUCACGUGAUCUGCUAAAAUCUAGCAGAUUUUUAAUUAAUUAUCUUGGAUUCCUCUACGACCAUUGAACUAUAAGCAAACUGGAACGAUAACUCCUAUAAAGGCCUAUGUGAAUGUUUGGGUGAAGCCAAAUUUCGGCCGCUCAAGUAUAGCCUGUUCGCAAGUAUGUACACGAAAAUAAAUACACAAAAUUUUUCACGAAGUAUUUUUACUAAUUUAAUCCUUAAUUUUAACUUAUUAAAGUACGUUUCUAGAUGUGUGGACAUCCAUUAACAACUGUAUCUAAGAUUUUUCUACAUAAAUUGUAUAAAAUUGCCUCUGAACUCUUUCUGGAAAGUCUAAAAACCAUACAUUUUCGCGCGGUUUUUUGCCGAAUUUUGUUUUGUUCGUGUCAUAUUUCGGCGGUUAAACAAUAUUUGCUUAUUUUAUGUGCUUUAGAUCAAAGCUGUGUUGUAUACAUGAGCUCUAGGAUAAAUAUAAUGCCUUGAAGAAAGUGAAAGUGGGGAAAUUUUAACACUUUUUAAGCUGUAUUUUUCGCAUCCAUUUUGUAAAAAAGGACUGAGGCUACCUGCAGAAACACUCAUGGCCGGCUUCAAAGAUGGCGGCCAACUUAUCGUUCCAGUUUACUUAUAGUUCAAUGUUUACGAUAAUCAUGCAAAAUGCAAAUUAUAAAUUAAACUAUAAAAAUAAUCCACAUACAAAAUAUUUAUUGACCUCAUUUUGGUUGCUAAUUAAAAAUCUGCUAGAUUUUAGCAGAUCACGUGACCAGCGUCUACCAGGUGCCAGGGUCUUUUCUCUCCAAGAGGAAAGACCCUGGGUACGAGGUUGUAGUGGUUCUCGCAAUUUCUACAAGUUCUAUACGGUUUUCUUUCGAAGCCCACUAAGAGCCACGCGUUAUUGGUCUAGUGCUAGUGGAGAAGAAAACCAAAACACCCGUGGAGGACGUACCGUGUUUCACCCAGUCAAUGUGACCAUGGCGAAAUUAUAAUCAGAAAACUGCAUAUGGCAGGAAUCGAACCAGGUCGCAAAGGCGAAAAGCACGUAACCACCUCAUAGAAUUAUUACUACAUUCACUACGUUCUCUUUCAAGUUUCCCUUUGAUUUGUGCCUAUAUAGAUAAGUCGAGUACAUAUAAGAUGUUCGUCGCAAGGCUGGAUACUUGAUCAGACCAGUAUCUUUGCUCAAAUUGAUGCUUUUCUCCAACGGUGCAAGGAUUUAAUUGAGGUAGCUAUGAAUUAAAACAGCUGCCGUAUUAGAUACGCUUCAGCAGCCGGGCUUGAAAUUCAGCCCUGGAUGAAAAGUCCUCAAGUAAUCAGCCUAAAAUUCGUGAGGAUUUAUAUUUCCUAUUUUGAUCCAGGUGUGCGAAGGUCAGAUGCAUUUCGCUCGACGACAUGAAGGUCCCAAGACGCCUUUACCAUGUUUUCGAGGAAUUCGUGGUCCCGAGAUUGUACGUAGCUUGCUAGAAAUUGAAGCAACAUUUGAAAAGAAUUUACAAAUUUUGAAAGAUGUUAGGAAGACGAUUUUGGACGUGAAGGUACUCAAAGUAGUUUGUAAUUAUUGUAUGAAUUUUUUGCAUGCACUGCGGCCAUCAUGGGUAAAUACGAGUAUUUAGAUAACCCAGUUUAAUACUUAGAAAGUUACUUUUUCGAUAGAGACUCAACGAUAAACCUAAAGGUAUAGGAGGUUAUAAUCGUGUUUGCCUAAAGAACAUGAUAUUGAGGAAAGACUGUGUACAGUUUGGACAGUGUAAAACGCAUGACUCUGAAGAAUGGCGACGUGUCGAACAGAAUUAGGAAUGAGGAUAGAUAUUUGUGUUCGUGCACGUCGCGGUAUUGCAGGCCUUAGGAUUUUCUAUUUAUAUUGUUUAUUAAUGAGCACAAUUUCCAUCGUUAUAGGCUACUACAUGGCACGAUGAUUAUAACAG